CUGUAUGAUAGCGCCGAAAAUGUGAGCAAUGGUCGAUUGGGGGCCAGUUCCGCAGCGGCACUAAUGGGCUCGCCCGAAAGCGGCGCUUUUUCGCCCGGGAUCUCGUCACCAUUGCCAUGCGGAGCAAAUUCAGCGGGUCCAGUGAUUGCAUCCAGUGCCGCAUCUGAUACGUCCGAUUCGAGUGCCGUAACACCGAAUAAAAAAUCAACAACACGUCGUAACGCCUGGGGUAAUAUGUCCUAUGCCGAUCUCAUCACUCAGGCUAUCGUUAGCUCACCCGAAAAACGACUCACCCUUUCGCAAGUAUACGAGUGGAUGGUACAGAAUGUGCCGUACUUCAGGGAUAAAGGCGAUUCCAAUAGUUCUGCCGGCUGGAAGGUUGGCAUUUUUCACUUUUUAUUUUCUCAUGUUUCUAGUAAAUUUGCAUUGAUGCCAUUCGAAAAAUGA